UCAGUUUAUUUUACACAGCGUAAGCAUAUCACCUCGUAGUCGUACUGUGUACAUUUACUGUCACACUCUCUAAAUGUCUAAACCCUAAUUUGACAAAACCCUAAUUCUAAUAUUCUUUUCUCUUUCUUACCAAAAUAAACUGCAAACCUACCAAAGCCGUAAACAAAGAACUGAAACCAGAAGAGACUGAUGGAUAGAUUGAUAUUAUGAUUAUAUCAUCCAAGAAACAACGAACAACAAUAUCUAAGUGAAGUUCAGAUAAGAGAUCACUUUUUGGAAUAUUAUUUGGGCAUUUUUCUUCUGCAGUUUUUCAAUAAUUCCAUUGUAUCAGGCGAUGGAGUCGGACUCCAUUGCAGUUUCUGCGGUAAUAGUGAAGAAGACUAUGAAAAAGGAAGAAGAUUUGUUUUCAGAAAAAAAGUUGAGUAAUGGAGGCACUGGUGAUGGGGUAGAUAAUAAGAAGAAUUCUGCUUCUAUAACUAGUAAUGGGGAUGUUGAUGAUCAAAAAGAACAAAUUGGAUUGAAAUCAUCAGCAUGGAAAAAACCUGUCUUUAAUGAAAGUAAACAAGGUAUUGAAGUUCCUGUUAUGGGAGCUAAAUCUUGGCCAGCACUUGCUGAAGCAAGACCCAAAAAUUCAGAUUCUGUUGCUCAUACUGCUGUAAAGCCCAUUGCUGUUGCUUCUGCUACCACUACAACGAUUAAUACUCCUUCCCAGGGACCGACUGGGCCGCAUAAAUCUAAUAGGUCAGGUAGCACCUUCUCCCCAAAACAACCUGUGUCACAUCAUAAAAAAUGGCGCAAUCAUCCUCCGAAUGGUGCACCACCAUUUCCUGUUCACCCCUAUAAUCAUCCACCAGUGGCACCUGUUUUUCGCACAGUUGUACCGCCGCCGCAAUUCCCCGUUGUUUACCAGCCUCGCCCUGUACCCUUUCCCAGUCUAGAUUCUCCCAUGGUGACCACUGGUGAACCCCCAAUUCCAGCUUUUGUCGCUCCUGGUCAUGGUGGUGGAGUUGAUGCUAAUAGAGGAUUUCAACCUCCACCUCAAGGAGGUCUAAACAGUUUUGCUAAUAGGCGGCAUAAUGUCCAAGAACCUGGUGGACGUUUCAACCAUACAAUGCGUCAUCAGCAUCCAUUCAAUUCCAGAGACAAUAUUAAUAUGCAGCAAGGUUUUGGGCCAAAUACAUUUAUGAGGCCACCUCCAUUUAUAAGGGCUGGUCCAGGGUUCAUAAGUGGACCAAGUUUUCCUGGUCCUCAUCCAAUGUACUAUCUUCCUAUUGCACCUGAUUCCACCAUGGGUCCAGCUCCUCGUUUUAUCCCAUAUCCUCCACCUCCAGGGAUUCCCACAACAGCACCAGUAGAUACACAAGCCUUAGGGAUUAAAGUACUGAAUCAAGUUGAAUAUUACUUCAGUGACGAGAAUUUGCAGAAAGACCAUCACUUGAUUUCUUUAAUGGAUAAACAGGGAUGGGUUUCAAUUUCCAGAAUUGCUGAUUUUAACAGAGUUAAGCAAAUGACAACAGAGAUACCCUUCAUUCUGGAUGUACUGCGUGGCUCUCAGACUGUAGAGGUGCAGGGUGACAAGCUACGGAGACGUGAUGACUGGUUAAAAUGGCUUCCAACCUUUGGACAGCACACAGUCCAGUCUCCGAAGGGCCAAGUUGACGAGAAGUCUUCUUCAGCUUCCAAGAGCGACGACGUCGAGAUAAAGGACAUCUCUGAAAUUCAAGGGACACAAGUUCCAUUGAGUAAUCUAACCAUAGAAGAGCCAGUGCCCUCAGACAAAGAUUCUUCGAGUGUAGCACGUAGUAUGAAUUGUAACAAGGAGAAGCUGCUUCAUGGAGUUGAAACAGAAGCAUGCCAAGGAGAAGUUAGGGAUUCAAGCAGGAAAAUGAAUGGUGCAUCGAGUUUAGAAAUGAAGGACUCACAGGCUGAUACCCGUUCUCAGGUCAGCUCUGAAUGUUCAAAUAUGACAACUGCACGUGGAAAUCGCUUAGAUGAUGAAUUUGAGAGCCAGCCAAAGGAUUUUACACUCGAGUCUACUGAAGAACAGAGCACGUUCAUGCUUGAUGAGGAGAUAGAGUUAGAGCAAACCACUGUCAGAAAGGAUCAUACUUCAUCUGGUUUAAGGAUUGAUGAAGAAGACGAGGACACAGAUCUCAAUGAUCAGGAUGUGCAGAGACUAGUUAUUGUAACCCAGAACAGGAUUGGCGAAGAUUACAGAGCUAGAACAAGUGAAUCAAAAUCUAUGUCGAAUGAGCUUGCUUCUGCUAUUAAUGACGGCCUCUACUUUUUUGAGCAGGAGUUGAGAUCUAAACGCUCUAUUAGUAGGAGAAAAUCCUCGACUGAGACUAAAGAAGGGGAUUCUAGACAUCUCAGCUCCACAGCUGGAUUACCAAACUCCAAAAUAAGUAGUAAUAGUCCUGGGAAAAGUCUCCCUGAAGAUCCUGGAUUCUUGCAUCCAAAAAGGAAACAAAACAAAGGCGGUGCAAACAAGCAACAAUCAAUCCCUAAGCAACGCUACUUUCCUAGCAGCCUGCGGAAUCAGGGCAAUGGUCGUAAACGUAAUGCCAUAGUAUCAGAAAGUCCACCCAGUAGUUCGGUUGGCUUCUUCUUUGGUUCAACACCACCAGAAAGUAGUCACGGAUCUUUGUCGUCCAAGUUGAGUGCUUCCCCUCAUGGGAUUCCAGCUGGGAGUAGUCCACCAAUAGGCUCUAUCCCAAAGCCCUUCCCAGCAUUUCAGCAUCCAAGUCAUCGGCUAUUGGAAGAAAAUGGUUUUAAACAACAGAUGUACUUGAAGUACCACAAAGGUUGCCUAAGUGAUCGGAAAAGAUCAGGAAUUGGCUGCAGUGAGGAAAUGAAUACAUUAUACCGGUUUUGGUCUUUCUUUUUAAGGAACAUGUUUGUUCCUUCCAUGUACGAUGAGUUCCAAAAAUUAGCUCUAGAGGAUGCAGCUGCCAAAUAUUACUAUGGGUUAGAAUGUCUUUUCAGGUUUUUCAGUUAUGGCCUAGAAAAGCACUUCCGAGAAGAAGUUUACCAGGAUUUUGAACGUCUAUGUCUUGAAUUCUACAAGAAGGGGAAUCUUUAUGGCCUUGAAAAAUAUUGGGCCUUCCAUCAUUAUCGAGAGGCGCGAGACAAUGUAAAGCCUAUGAAGAAGAACCCUGAGCUGGAGAGAUUAUUGAAGGAAGAAUUUCGUUCCUUAGAUGACUUUCGUGCAAAGGAGAAGGCACCUGCAGCAAGAGAAGGUAGUUGCAGCAAUGGGAGUGUUUGUGGUCCCUCUGAAAAAGAAGAUAACAGAGACACUCCUCCUCCACCUUCCUCAGGGCAGGGAAGAAGGAAAUCUAACCUGUCAAGAGAGCUGGAAAAAUCUGGCAAGUGAAGGGCCACUGGGAGUUGAUGCAGCCAACACUCAUUUUGUAUGCUGAAAAAUAGAACGUGAGCUGGAGAGAUGCAUGCUGGAAGACAUCUGCUUGGGAGAGCGUGAACCUGACACUGUUGUAAGUUUCCCUUUGUUUUGGUCUAAUACUGGCCCCGAGAAGCUAUGGGUAGUCAUUAUGCAGAUUUUGGAGUUCUCUGCUAUAGAGAGGUAGUUCAAAUGGUUUCUUUCUGUUUUUAUCUUUCUCCCAUGAGAUUUGUACAUAAACAAAAAAAAAAAAAAAAAAAAAAAAAGAGGACAAAAAAAAGAAAAGGAAAAGAGAGAAAUUGAAUAGCUAGUCUGGAAUUUGUGGAAAUUGACUAAUAAGAGAUUAAAAUUUAACAUGCUCAGCCUCGAGUUUUCUUGUGUUCUCCUUGAUGCUGCUAUAUUUUCUGUGCAUAAAGGCAAACCUGCUCUGUUUUUAAAUUGUCCUUUUCGAUCACAUUGCAGUUUCACCUUCAUUCAACAUCCAAUCCAGCCACCAGCAGCUAUAAGCUGUAUAAUGUAUACUCAAGUGGGAAGCAUAACACAUACUGUAUUUAUCAUCGCUGCUGAAGCAAACUCCAGGAAAGUUAUCAAAGAUGUUCAACUUUCCCAUCCCUUCUUCGAUAGAAGUUAGAAGGAAGUAGAAGAAAAGAAGAAGUCAAGUCUUCCAAAAACGUCCGUGUUGAUGGUUCAACCCCAAACCCCAAAUCGUUAGAAUUAGCUGGGUAGUCAUUAUCGUUUAUCGAUAGAUAGUUAAAUCGCCAAAACCAUACUUUUUAUAAGUAAAAACUUCGAAUCACACCCAACACAAGACAAGACACAACCUCAGUUUCUCCGCCUUCUCUCUCUCUCUCUCUCUCUCUCUCAUCUCCAUAUAAACUCUGUCCCUGUCCUUCUCCCCUCUGAAUCUCUUGUUUCCCUCGCAUUGCUCUCUCUUUCCCAAUUCUCAAUUCUGUUCUCUAUAUCUCUAGAGAAGAAAAUGGCAACACUUUUACAAGGAAUAGGAGCCGCAGCUGCAUCUUUGGAUUCCAAGAGAUUUGAGGUUUCUUCUCUUAAAUCCCUUCCAAUUCAAACAGCAAGGAAAGGAAGGGUUUUUGCUGAUUCAAGAGAUUUAACUUUGGGAUCAUCUAACAACAAAGCUCGUUCUUCACCAAAAUUGGUUGCUAAUGCAGUUGCAACUAAGAAUGAAGGUUCCACUGCAUCAACCACAUCUAAACCUGGAUGAUAGCAACAUCCUUGGGAGAAAGUGAGAUUUUUGCAAUACCUUGGGAUUUGACGGAAGCUUUCUCGUCUGACUUAGAAGAGCUGAUAUGCUUCAAUUUGGUGGACUUGGAAGCCAUCAAAUCAGCACUACGGGCAAAUCAGGAGAAGGCUAAAGGCCUAUGGCGGCGAUUUGAUGGUCGCCGGGUCAUAGCUUACUUUUCUUUAGGUUGCAAAUCAAAAAUGAAGAUCAGAUAACAUUAUGAUGAUAUAAUCUAAAAUAUUUUAGGUGUUUUAUGGUCA